AUGCAGGAUCUCUGCUUCCUGCUGGAUUGGCUCUGCUCCAGGGCCCCUUGUGGUGACACCCAGCUGCUGGCAGCCCCAGCAGAGAAAGAGCGCGCCUUCCCCAGUAGCUCCAACGCACCACGGUUGGUGGCGCUGAGUAGCAGCCACCCGGGCACCCUGCAGCCUGCCACCCUCCACACCGCACUCCCUCCGUCAGUGACAUGGCCUGUUCUGAAAAAGCCUGCCAUUGCUCCGCCCGUCUUUGUGUUUCAGAAGGAUAAAGGACAAAAGUCCUCUGCAGAGCAAAAAGACUUGUCGGAUUCGGGAGAGGAGCCUCGGGGGGAGGCUGAGGCCCCCCACCAUGGCACGGGUCACCCCGAGUCAGCUGGUGAGCAUGCCCUAGAGCUUCCUGCCCCUGCUAGCGCUUCAGCCAGCGCUCCUGAAGCCCAGCUUCUUCCUUUUCCACGAGAACUGGCAGGGAGGUCGGCCGGAGGCUCCAGCCCCGAAGGUGGAGAAGAUUCUGACCGAGAAGAUGGAAACUACUGCCCUCCCGUCAAGCGAGAAAGAACAUCCUCUUUGACGCAGUUUCCACCGUCACAGUCAGUAUCAAAAAACAAUGUUUUUAUGCCAUCCACCUUCUGCGAGCCAUCUGCAGGCAAUUCUGACUCAGAACCAGAGGAAAAGAGCAGUGGAUUCCGGUUGAAGCCGCCGACCCUGAUCCACGGCCAGGCACCCAGUGCAGGUCUGCCGAGCCAGAAGCCCAAGGAGCAGCAGCGGAGCGUGCUUCGCCCAGCAGUGCUACAAGCCCCGCAGCCAAAGGUGCUCUCACAGACCGUCCCGAGCAGCGGCACCAACGGGGUCAGUGUCCCGGCAGACUGCCCGGGGGCAGCGACAUUGGCUUCACCUGACAACCCCGCCCGGAGGAGUCCCUCUGACGAGGCGCCAGCACUUGAGGAGAAAGACUCACAGAAAAAUGAGUCUAGCGGUGCUUCUGAGGAGAGCUGCGAGAAGGAGCAGCAGCGUGCACAGCAGGCGUUUGUGUUCGGGCAGAACCUGAGGGACAGAGUUAAGUUAAUAAAUGAGAACGCUGAAGCAGUGGACAUGGAGAAGGCCGGACACCCCGGUUCAGAAGCGCCAGCCGCCACCAACUACUUCCUGCAGUACAUCAGCUCCAGUUUAGAGAGCUCAGCCAACAGUGCCGACGCCGCCAGCAGCAAAUUCAUAUUUGGCCAGAACAUGAGUGAGCGCGUGUUGAGCCCGCCCAAGUUAAAUGAGGUCAGCCCGGAUGCCAACAGAGAAAACACAGUGGCCGAGUCUGGGUCCGAGUCCUCGUCCCAGGAGGCCACCCCCGAGAAAGCUAAUAACAUUGCAGAGUCGCUGGCCGAGUCGGCGGCCGCCUACACCAAGGCGACGGCGCGGAAGUGCUUGCUGGAGAAGGUGGAGGUGAUCACUGGGGAGGAGGCCGAGAGCAACGUGCUGCAGAUCCAGUGUAAGCUGUUUGUCUUUGACAAGACCUCGCAGUCGUGGGUGGAGAGAGGCCGGGGGCUGCUCAGACUCAACGACAUGGCAUCGACUGACGAUGGGACGUUGCAGUCCCGACUAGUGAUGCGGACCCAGGGCAGCCUGCGGCUGAUCCUCAACACCAAGCUGUGGGCCCAGAUGCAGAUGGACAAGGCCAGUGAGAAGAGCAUCCGCAUCACAGCCAUGGACACGGAGGACCAGGGCGUGAAGGUCUUCCUGAUCUCGGCCAGCUCCAAGGACACGGGCCAGCUGUAUGCGGCCCUGCACCACCGCAUCCUGGCCCUGCGCAGCCACGUGGAGCAGGAGCAGGAGGCCAGGACGCCGGCCCCCGAGCCCGGGGCGGCCCCAUCCAACGAGGACGACAGCGACGACGACGUCCUGGCCCCGUCGGGGGCCACCGGAGGCGGCGCUGGCGACGAAGGGGACGGGCAGACGGCCGGGAGCACAUAG